ACGCGAGAUACAACCAGUAUUCCGGUGUGACUCGUUAGAACACAACCAUGGCUAUCACCUUGUACAUGGUCGCUCCAAGCCCAGCGGUACGUGCCGUUCAAAUCACAGCCAAGGCUCUAGGAAUAGAGCUGAAGGAAAAACCUUUGAACUUUCUGGAAGGCGAACAUCUAAAACCCGAAUAUCUCAAGAUCAACCCCCAACACACUGUACCCACUAUUGUCGAAGACGACGGGUUCACUCUUUGGGACAGCAACGCCAUUAACGCCUACCUUGUCUCAAAAUAUGGCAAAAACGACUCCCUCUACCCCAAAGACCUGAAGAAGAGGGCACUUGUCGACCAAAGACUUCACUUCAAUAACGGAGUUGCGUUCGCCACCGGUUUAAAAAUUAUCGGUGCUAUUCUUCGCGCUGGCAAAACCACAAUCGAUGAUAAAGACCAGGAAGACCUGAACCGAGUUUACGCAUUUAUUGAAGCUUUCCUGGAGGGCAAGCAGUGGAUUGCUGGCGAUUGUGUGACCAUUGCUGACUACAACUUGUACGCCACUGUUAGUGCCAUGAAUGUUCUGGUACCGAUUGAUGGCAAGAAGUACCCGAAAGUGGCAGCUUGGUACAAGAAAGUCGAUGCUCUGCCCGAAGUUGAAGUGAGCAAGAAAGGCUUGGGCAUGUUCGAAGCCAUGAUUAAAGGCAAACUUAAGUAAUUAUUUAUUUUAAUUUUAUUUUUUCUAAUAAAUGUUGAGCCAAG